AUGCAAAAGGUUCUCAAGAAAUCAUCGAAUGAUCUGCGCAACCUGGUAGAUAAAUGCACCCGUCACGUCGACAAUCUCGUUAAGCUCAAUCAGCGUUUAACCGGAAAGUCUCAGUUAUUUGUGGUGACACUACUGACACGUGCCUUUGACGACCAGACUUGUGAACUCUGGGAAGCUUCCAUCAACCAGUCCGAGCUUCCUGAGUAUGAGCAGAUGAUCGCAUUCCUGAGGCAGCGAUGCGUGAUUCUGGAACGAUGUAAAACCACUAUUCCUACCGCAGCAUCUAAGGAUCCGAUCGCCAAAACUCCUCCAUCGAAAGGUGGACCUUCUAAUUCAUCGCAUACUGCAACAGCGACAUUGGAAUAUGCGUGCGAUUUUUGUUCCGGCCAGCACCAGAAUUUCAAAUGCUCGACUUUCCAAAAGAUGACCGUAGACCAGCGUCAAGACAAGCUGAAAGCGACGUAUCUGUGCUUCAAUUUCCAGAGGAAGGGCCACCGUAGUGCAUCGUGUCCAAGCAAUAAAUCCUGCGGAAAGUGUUCCAAAAAGCACCACACUCUAGUUCAUUUCGAGCAACGGGAGAAACCCGAAAUAAGAACGAGUGAGCCGCCCAAACCAGCCGAAGUAGAUCCAGUACCAGUAGUGGCGGAGCAGCCUGUGAAUGCGUCCUGUUCCAGCAUGCCUGUUCCUCAUGACAGCGAUGGUCAUUCUGCGUUCUAA